UUCAAAAAAAUAGAACAUGAUACACCAAGUCAGAACAUUAACAUUUUAAUGACUCUAAAGUAGUGACAUCUUUGGUCUUUUCAGAAUAAUGUAACUGAGUAUCUCCAUUUGUUUCACUGUCUGGACACACAGGGAUUACUAAACUAAUGAGACAGUAGAUAUUUCUCAAGAGGACCCUAAAAGUGAAUGAAGUCUCUCUCCCUCCCCACCUGACGCACACUAUAUAAAACACAGCAAUGUUGUGAAUCUGACAGACGUGCCUUGAGCAGCAAGAAAGCCGACUACAGCAGUAUUUUCAAGUGUUACAUUAAUAUGAUUCGCCCCAGCGCUGUGAUGUCGUUGACUAUUCUGGCUCUCUGCCUGCUGGCUUGUAUUCACUCUGGCAUAAAUGCAUAUCCAACCAAGCCUGCCAGUCCACGCGAAGGUGCACCACCUGAGGAACUCGCCAAAUAUUAUUCUGCACUAAGACACUACAUCAAUCUCAUUACAAGACAGAGGUAUGGGAAAAGAGACACCCCAGAUACUGUAUUUUCAGAUGUGUUGAUGAGGGAGAGCACAGAGAGUAUUCCAGGGGCAAACUAUGUCAGGUACGAUGGGCUGCCACUGUGGUGAUGCUGCUGGAGCUGUCAUAUCCAGGCUGACUUUACCACAAAGCUGCUGCAUGCCAUGUCUGUUAUGGCCUGAAAUGAACUUGUACUGCAUGGAAUAAACAUUGUGCAAAGC